GCGUACGGUAGCGGGAGGCCGAGUGUAAACAAUGGCACGUGGCAGGGGAGGCUACACCCGCCACCACAACUCCUAUAAUAAGGCUAAGAGAAAGAAAGAGAAAGCUGAGAGUCUGCCCAAGAGAAAGCAGUAUGAAGAAUUUGGAGAAGCUCACCCGAUUGAACAGGAAGAGUUAAAUGUUAAAAGGAGGAAGGUAAAAGAUAGUGAGGAAAAUGACAGUGAAUGUGUGGAGGUGGAAAAUGCCGACGAAUCUUCAAGUGAUGAAGAAAAUGGUGAUACAGAUGCAGUGUCACAACUCCUUGCCACUUUCAGUGCUGUUGCCCAUAAAGCCAUUGACAGCGAUGAGGAAGAUGAUGCGCUCGAAGAGGAAGAGAGUUCUGAAGUAAAUGAAGAUAGCAAUGAUGAGGAUGGUAACAUUACAGUUGAACCUGAGGAGAGUGAUGAAGAGGGGGAUGAUGAUGCUGUAGAUGAAGAGAACACAGAUGGCGAGGCUGAGCAAGACAGCAUUUCUACCGAUGAUACACAAAGUUUAGGAGAUGUGAUGGAUGAUCAAGAUAACACCGAAGUGGAGGAAGAGGAGGAGGAGGAGGAGGAGGAAGGGUCAAAUCAAAGUCAAAAAGAUACAUUUUCAAAUCAUUUUGAGAAGAACUUGUGUGAAGCUGCAGCAGAACAAGUAAAGAACUUGAAAAGCUGGACAUCAUCUUUUAAAAAGUGGCCCACAUUAGGGAGAAUUAAGAUAGAAGUUCCAAAUGUUGAAAUUCAAACUCCCAAACUUUUAUUGUUAGCAGACGAUGAAGAUGGGACCAGUUUACCUAAUAUUGGAGAUAUUCCUAAGCCUCCGGAGAAAAUUACAAAUAUUCUAGACGACUGUAACAUUAGGAAGGCGUUGUGUAAGAAUAUACCAUUUGCAAAUAUCUGUGGCAGUUCUAAAUGCCCAACAAGCCUUACAGAUUUCCAAAAGGAGCUACUUACUAUUUUAUCGAACUAUUCUGAUCUUUACUUCCCACAGGCCACUUUUGAGCACUGGGAGCAAGUGAGAACUGUUUAUGCUGUCCAUGCCAUUAAUCACAUUCUCAAGACUAGAAAGAAAAUUGUUAAUCACACUCUUAAGAUCACUAAAGCGAAAGCCGAGAAGAGAUACGAAUGUUCGGAUAAGUAUCGUGACCAAGGAUACGCGAGGCCAAAAGUUCUUAUUCUUCUACCAUUUAAACACUCGGCUUACAGACUUGUGGAAACGAUAAUAACACUACUGUUUGAAGGCAAGAAUACCGCCGUCCAAAAUCAUAGUCGUUUUCAAGAAGACUUUGGCCCUGGAGAGGGGGAAGAUAGUGUCAACAAACGUGCCAGGCCAGAGGACUUCCAGGAAACAUUUAAGGGUGACAUUAGUGAGGACUUCAAGAUUGGGUUAAAGCUGACCAAAAGUUCCCUCAAGCUGUAUGCAGAUUUUUACCACUCUGACAUCAUAAUAGCUUCACCUCUUGGCUUACGCUAUGUAGUGGGCAACUCGGUCAAGACUGACGCAGAGGCGGACUUCCUCACCUCUAUUGAAGUUCUUAUCUUGGAUCAGGCGGAUGUCUUUAUGAUGCAGAAUUGGGAGCAUGUUCUGGUAUUGAUGGAGACUAUAAAUCACCAUCCUCAUGACAUUCAUAAGCUUGAUACGGACCUCACUCGAGUGCGUUUAUGGUCUUUGGAUGGCCAUUCCAAACUGUAUCGUCAGACUGUCAUCUUCUCGGCAACUCUUGUAGACCAUAACAGGGCGCUCAUUAAUAAGUGUACCAAUUUCACAGGAAGAUUGCAGGUAUUAAACCCUGUAGAACAUGGUUCAGUUCAAGAAGUUGUGGUACAAGCUGAACUUGUCCUCAGUCGCAUAUCAGGAAUGAGAGAUCCAGACAGCAGGUUCCAGCACUUUACGCAAGAGUUGCUUCCUCAGUUCCGAUCAAGCAUGCGCCAUAACGUCUUGGUGUACAUUCCUGACUAUUGUGAUUACAUUCGAUUAGUGCGGUAUUUGAAGGAGGAUGGAGGCACCAGUGCUGCUACUAUAAAUGAAUACAUGGUUGGACAAAACAGCAAAGUUGCCAAAGCGCGCAGCCUGUUCUUUGAUGGAAAACGUAAUUUUCUGCUGUACACCGAAAGAUUUCACUUCUACCGACGUUAUCGGAUUAAAGGAGUUAGACACAUUAUAUUCUAUGAUGUACCAUCCUACCCGCACUUCUUCUCCGAGAUUUGCAAUCUCAUGGUGGAAGGUAACCAAAAUCCUCGGGUACGUCAAAAGCAUCUCGGGGCUAGCACAGUAACAGUUCUGUUCCAGCGUUCGGAUCUCACGAAGCUGGUUGGUGUCUUGGGAUCAACGAGAGCAGGAGAGCUCAUCAAUUCCAGCAAAUCUGUUCAUCUCUGUAUGAUUGGGAAAUAAAAACAGCUCUCUCUGUCUUAUAGAUGUGUCAUUUGUCAGGGGUUAUCAAAAUAUAAUUAUAUUAGUUAUUAUUGAAUAUACAGAUUUUUACUCAGUUGUGACAUUAAAAAAUGUCAAAA